AUGAGAAACACAGGGGACGACAGAGUUGAUGAAUCCGCUUGGAUCAACAAUCCGGACUACGAUGUUGAAUUAUACGAACGGUCUGAGCAUGCCGCCCGCUGCCUCGUCAACGACGAAUAUCCUUCGAUAUUUGAAAAUGGGAUACCUAGUGAAUCCGACAGCGACAGCGGUUCCGACAGCGACAGCGAUUCCGAAGAAGACAAUGGGGCCAGCAAGCCGGCUUAUGGACGCGCAUAUGCAGCGGCGGAUCGGUUUAUGGACUCGACUGAAGGUAUAUUUGAACUUUACGGCGCUUUCCCGCCUGAAUUCAGGCCACCCCAACCUAGGGACGAUAUUCCCGGACCAGAUCAUCCAGUGCCCGAGGACAAUGCUAUAGAUCCAGUACCGCCCGCAAAUAAUGUGGCCGAGCAGGUCGCGCGAGAUCUGCAACACUAUAUAGAUCUGGGCGAGGAAGAACUGGACCGAAUGUUCCCCGAGGCCGACCAGCUGAUGCGAGAAAUCCUUGGCGAACUUAACCAGGGGGCUUGUCCCUCUUGGACCGAUCAGUUCGGCAAGUCGAAGAGGUCGGACCUGGGAGUCGGACUGAGAACCCGCGACAAGGGAAAACCAGGGGGCAACAAUUGUUGCAAGAUUCUCGCCAAAGUGAAAAGCAAGAUGCGCAAGACUCCCCGAAAGUCAAAGAAACCCCCGAAGAACCAGGGACAGAAACCCCAAAUGGCGCAGGACCAAGGACAGAAAAAGCCCCCAGCGCCUGCCAAUAUUGUCUUCUACGGCGACUACCUAUGGCCGGAGGAGGCCGAGAAACUACGUGGAUUCCUUCCUGCGGACACGACGCCGCCUGGUCCGACGUAUGACGUUGAACCGUCAGAUCCGGCUGCCGCGCCGGAGGGAGAACAGGUCGACAUCAAAUGGGCUACGUACCUGCUUCCAACAUUCCUGACCCUGGGUGCGGCGGCAAAGCAUGCAGCAGAGCUUGCUUCCCAGCAUACUAAGGGCUUCAACGGCGUGGUAUAUGCCGUCCACGCCACGCCGAAUAUCGUCAACUCGGGGAAUGAGUCGGCCGCCAUCGGAGGAAUCUUAUGGUCUCAGGUAAUAGGCUGGAUGCAACAACACUUUCAAAAAGCCUUCGAGGCGAACAAGGAGCUCUUCCGAAAGAACGAUGGUUAUGACAAGAAGUUCGACAGUUAUAGCGCCACGGUAGAUGUACCGCAGAAAUUCAGCUCGAGUCAGGACCUGGUAGGGUUUAUGAAUAAGAACGGAGUGGCCGUGGGCUGGACGGGCGGAUUCCCCUUGUUCCAGGCUCCUCAGGCUAUCACGGCUGAAGAGUCCAAGCAGGCCAAGGCCAACAACAAAGUCUCGGCUCCCCACGAACCAGGAACAUGGGAUAAAAUAGGGGGUUGGAUGAAGUCGCAUAUCUGGGCCGUUGCCCUCCUUCCCGCUGUUGCUGUACUUAACUUCAUCCCUGGCGUGGGUGAGGCAGCCGACGCAGCCGAGCUCGCCGCUCUUUGCGCAGACUCUGUCGAAGGCAUUGAGCUGACUGAAGUCGGAGGCUCUUCACUGAGCGAGGCGGCCUCGGGUCUCGGUCAGCUGCUCAAAGGCGCAGCCAAGCUCAAAGUUGCUUAG